GCGCGUCCCUCCCCUUCCCCAUCCCCACUACUACAGCUGGCGGCUCCACAUGCGCCGCGGCGCUCCGAAGCCUGCAGCGGGCACACCGGCUCCAGUCCGUCGGCAUGUCGGCCGGCGACUCCGAGGGGACGGCGGGCAGGCCAGAAGAGGAGGAAGGGCAGAGGCAAGCGGGCCCGUCGCUGCCAGCUGUCGAGCUGCCAAGGAAACGAAAGGGAGAUGUGGAGGAGAGGUCAGACGACCAUGUACAGCAGAGCCUUGACUUCCAAAUGGAAGAUGACCUCAGCAGAUCUGAAGGAGAGGAUCAGCAAGUCAAAAUGAGAUGCUUCAGGGAGCCUCACCGGCAGAUCGAGAAGCGGCGGAGGGAUAAAAUGAACAACCUCAUUGACGAGCUGUCGGCCAUGAUCCCCGCCUGUCAGCCCUUGACUCGACGACUGGACAAGCUCACUGUGCUGAGGAAGACCGUCCACCACCUGAAAGGCCUCAAAGUUGGGGGGAGCGGCGCCUUCACAGACAGCAACCACAAGCCUUCCAUCCUGCCUCAAGAUGACCUCAGGCACCUUCUGCUCAGCGCUGCAGACGGUUUCCUGUUAGUUGUAAGUUGUGACCGGGCAAAAAUCCUCUUCCUCUCCGAGUCCGUCUCCAAGAUCCUCAACUUUAGCCAGUUGGAGCUGACUGGGCAGAGCCUGUUUGACUUCAUCCACCCCAAAGACAUCAACAAGGUGAAGGAACAGCUGUCGUCUGCAGAGCUGCACCCUCGCCAACGCCUCAUUGAUGCAACAACUGGAUCUCAGGUCCAGGCCGACAGCCCCGUCAGCUCGUCCCACUUGUCCACUGGGGCACGGCGAGCCUUCUUCUGUCGCAUGAAGCACAGUCGGCUGGCAGGCAACCACGAGGACAAACGCCCGAUGCCCAGCUCUUUCAAAAAGAAAGACUCUUACAGAUACUGCACCCUCCACUGCACUGGAUACAUGCGAAGUUGGCCGAGCAGCCAGAUGGACUUGGAGGGAGAGGCCGAGAAAGAAACCUUGUAUCUGUCCUGCCUGGCGAUGGUGUGCCGCCUCCAUCCCCACGUCUCCCACCACCAACCCAAAGACGUCCCCGUCAAGCCCACCGAGUUCGUCACCCGCUGUGCGAUCGACGGCAAGUUCACUUUUGUAGACCAACAAGCCACGACUGUCAUCGGUUAUCUGCCGCAGGAAGUUCUCGGCACGUCGUGUUACGAGUACUUCCACCAGGACGACCUCCAGCACCUCGCAGAGACACACAGGCAAGUUCUUCGAAGCAAAGAGAAGAUUGAGACACAGCGCUACAAGUUCAAGACAAAACAUGGCUCCUAUGUCUUGCUUCAGAGUCAGUGGUUUAGUUUCACAAAUCCAUGGACCAAAGAAGUUGAGUUUAUCGUGUCUUCAAACAGGGUCCUCUCCAGGGAGCACGGUCACACAAAAGAUGAGGAUGAGGCAGUCGACUCCAAAACGCUUCAAGACACUAAGCAAAUACCCAUAAUUCCCGGCCUUUCCAGUGGUUUGGGCACAAUGAUCUACGCAGGCAGUAUCGGGACCCAAAUCGCCAAUGAGCUCAUCGACACCUACAGGAUGAACUCUUCUCCAUCAAGCGGAGCUUCCAGUCCGUUUGGCUCGGCCCAGGAGAAAUGUCCACUGGUCUCCCCUCAAACCAGCAGGAGUGCAUCCAGCAGAGAGGACACGGCAGGAAGUUCGUCCCUGUCCCAGUCUGACUCGAGGAUGGCAGCGGGCACGGGCAGUGCAACGUCUGAAAGCACAGGUGAACCGUCCCAGCUAGACUUGGACAACAUGGUGGUGCCAGGCCUGAGCAGCUUUAGCAACGACGAGGCAGCCAUGGCGGUGAUCCUGAGCCUGCUGGAGACGGAUAUAAACAUGGGUCAGUCGGGUCAGUUUGAGGACUUGCACUGGCCUUUCUAGCGGGCACGCUGACCGUCUGCCCCUCUACGUGCUCUUGUGCCGUUUUCUUGCUGUUUGCCAUGAACGUUACAUUUUGCCACCGAUUGAUCUGAUGUCGCACAACUGACCCCACUGGUGUCAAGAGAGGCUGGCUGCAGACACAAGAGGGCAGACCUCAACCAUGUGUGGAUGUGGCUAGUGCAAACUUGUUACAGAAAAGAGAGAAGUAAACACAUGUUGAAAUGGUAAACGAGGAGAUGUUAUAUUCUCAUUUGGGUCAAUGAAGAUAAUUUGGUGAGUUAUUUUAUUUCAGACAAAUCAAGGCUUGAAUAAAUCCUCAACUGAAUAAAUGUUAAGAUCACAAAAUUGAGGACCAAGUCAAGUCAACUACCACAAAUUGGUAACAUAGGUUAAUAAUGGCAGUAAGUGAUGCUUUUUUUAAAGGCACAAGUAAACAACCAGUUUCACAUACUACAACACUGAAAGCUCAAGCAAUGAAAGAACUGGGAAAAUACCAUAUUCCUAAAUGUAAAUUUAUACUUUUAAAAUUGUGUAUUGUCAUUACAAAGAAGUGAAACUCCAUGGAAACUGCUUUAAAAAAUAACUAAUGUUUCAGAAGCAAUUGCAUCUGCUGUGAUUGUCACACGUCCUGCAUGGGUUAUGUCCCCCAUCUUGUGUCUAGAGUGCGGAGUGCCAGAUAUCGCUUUUUUAACCAGUAAAUAACUGUUAACUCUCGUAAAUUAACCAGUAAUACACAUUUCACCAGCUAGCUACAGCUAAAACCAUUAUCAAUAAGAAAAGACCCGAGAGAUAAAGCUGAAGCAGAGACUAUAGUCGGGUGUCACGUAAGAGUCGGCUUCUAUAAGUUGGCAGUGCAAGUUCAUGUGUUUUGGGGGCGUAGCUGGGAUGUUUCUGCAUUUUUUCCAAAGUGUAUUCUGCUCUAUAGCCUUUCCAGGAUGACCAACCCUGGCUUUAAGUGACCAACAGCAUGUUAGAUAGAUAGAUAGAUAGAUAGAUAGAUACAAUGUACUUUUACAUCAGUUUCAGAACCGGUUUUAUCAAACCUAAACACAUAUGUGCCGCGUGUCGAACACAGACAAUACACCAAAUGUUCUCUAAACCAAGUAUUAUGUAAAUGCGUCUAUGCUACACUUAAAAUGUUACUUUAGAAAAUGAAAUGAGCUUUGCUUAAUUAAUUAUUUUGCCUUGCAGUUGCAUCCCCUCCCAGUAGGGGGUAGUGCAACCCCCUUUAGCUCCCUACUUCCCCCAGCCUUGGUACAAAGACCAUCAAAACCGACCAAGGGAACCUGGUUCAGGGAGUUGCUUUGUGAUGGGACUGUUUCUGUUUUGUAAUAGAAUACAUACUUGAAUAUUAACUUGGUUUACAAUUUUGGCUACACAAGGGCCAAUCUUUAGCAAAACAAGAAACCUUCCCAUUUUUUCAACAGAGGAAUGUGAGACGCGUCUGCUCCGCGAAAGCAAUGUCUGUCAAAAGUUUAAAAUAUGAGUAUCCACUGAGUAAACUAAGCGGUGGUUGGUCUUCGAAAUGGAGGAUUUCUCUGUAUUUGUUUAAAUAUCGAAUGUGCACUAAAGGACUGAGCCCUAAGAUGCCUAUUCUGUGCUCGCGUAUCACACACUUGCUGUACUCUAGAAGGUUCUGUGGAGGACAUCUACUGAACCCUGAACUCAUGGGGAAGGGGGCGCAUUGUGCAUGUGAGAAUGUUUUCCAGUGUUAACAAUGGUCAAGCCAGUAUUUUAUCAGACAGACUUUAGUGUCAUGUCCUCGCUCCUUCCCAACCCUGUUGCUCUAAAAGACUCUAAAAAUUUGCCUUCGACUGCACAGAAAAAAAAAGCCGUUGUAUAUAUGUUGCUUGGGUGACGGUUAUGUUGCUGUGUGUCUAGUGUUGAAUAUCCCAUUGCCACGCACGCUUCUCGUGAAAGAAAACUCCACCUUGAAGCAUCACACUUUUCCUAUUCUGGGUCUAAUUGGUGGAGAAGCAGAGCUGAGAAAUCAGUUCUCACACCAGCACUACAGCCACAAGACAGGUUGAUGGUCUAAUUGAAGGGUACAGCCUCAGAUGUGAAUGAUUAUACUACACAGCUAUUUAUAUCCUUAUGACCUUAUUUCAAAAUCAGUUUGGUAACCGCACUGGUGAACUGGGUCUGACAAGCUGAGGAAAGGGGCUUUACCAAAAAAGAAGUACUUUAUAUUUGACCCCAACGUGACCCCUGGACUGUUCGCUACACUGAGAUCAACAGUGUCAGUGUGUGAUGGUGGAUUCUAAACCUGGUGACUGGCCUUCAUAUGUAAACCCUGGUUUUAUCACUGGUUCCUCUAGACUUGAAAGCAUUAUGUGAUUGUGUUGCCUUGAACACGCAAGCUGUUUCAGCACCUGGCUGGAUUGUGGUAGGACCGCUCUUUGCCUUGAAAUGCAAAACAGCUGGUACUGGACAAAAUUUGCAGUUUGCCACCGGUGCCAUGCGAAAUGGACACUAAAGCAUUUUGAAAGGAGACAAAAUGCCUGAUGUGUGUAUGUGAAAACUGUUGUUGAUGUAUCUGCUGUAACGUGGAAGGGAGGUCGGAGUUUUUGAAAGUAAAAUGUUUUUUUUAAUAAUUGUCUGAAUUCUGUUGUCACAAUUGAAAUUUUCAUUAUUUUUAUUAGAGGCAGAACUCUCCCAGUGUCAACAUUUGCUAAACAUAAUGAGUGACUGUUAUUAUAUACAUAAAAAACCUUAUUUUGAAGAGGUAUGGUUAUGAAUCCAUAUUGGUAUUACUUGUAGAUAACAUCCUGAAAUAAAUACGAAGCAUCGUUA